AUGUCCAAGUGGGUCCGGCGCGAGAUCCGCGAUCUGAGCGCCCACGACCGCGAGCGCUUCCUCAACGCGCUCCACACGCUCUGGUUCACGGACACGGCGACGGGCCAGCUCGCGUUCAACUCGACGAAGUACAAGGGCGCGGAGUACUUCAUCCGCAAGCACCUCUACGGCGCGGCGUCGACGGAGUGCGACCACUGGCACGACAACGCGGGCCUCAUGACGCACCACAUGGCCUUUACUUUAGAAUUAGAACAGUCGCUCCAGGCCAUCAACGCCGACAUCUCCGUGCCCUACUGGGAGUACAGUUUGGACGCGCAGAUCUACGGCACGUCGUGGCAGGACAGCUUCAUCUUCGGCGAGGGCUACUUCGGCGAGGCGUCGCCGACGAACGUGGAGCACACGGUGGCCACGGGCCGCUGGGCCUACACGCCCAUCAUGGCCAACGCGCGCGAGUACUCGAACAUCACGAACCAGUGGGGUUUGCUGCGGAGCCCCUGGAACCAGGACCCCGUGCCCUACGUCCAGCGCCACAAGAAGAUUUUGGGGGACGGCAACUACCAGCCGACCUUCCCGGGCUGCUCCGACUUCGACGAGGCCUUCACGACGACGUCCUUCAGCACGAUCACGCCGUACCUCAACGGGCUCACGCACGGGCCCGUGCACCUCAUGAUCGGCGGCCAGUGGCACCAGAACUCGUCGGGCGCCGAGCGCUUCUGGGCCAACGAGGAGUCGAACUUCCUAUUGAUGUCCAAGGUGCUCUGGCGCCACGGCUUUGUGCGCUGCGACGACACGUGUACGGAGGGCGAGACGGAUCUCAAGGACUGCACGUGCACGUGCCCGGCGGAGUACCUCGAGCGCUUCACGCCCUACGAGAUCCUGACGACGGAGACGGGCAUCCUCCACUGGCUGUCGUCCUAUUCGCUCGGCAAGGUCUACUACGACGCGGCGGACGAGCUCUACCACAUCGCGGGCUACACCAAGGAGCAGGAGAUGAAGGCCUGGGGCGCGGUCUACGAGGCCAUGUGCGACCCGGGCUGGACGGGCGAGAUGUUCACGUCCGGCGCGCCCGCGGACCCCGUCUUCUUCGUCAUCCACACGACGGCGGAGCGGUUCCUGUGGACGCGGAUCCUCAAUUCCCUGGAGUCCCCGGAGAAGUGGCCCUUCGACCAGACCUGGGGCUACGACCACGACGUCUCGACGCCGUCGGACUACGGCGAGGUCUGCCACUGGGAGGGCGUCGAGGGCACGCUCAAGCUGCCGACGUGCAAUAAGGCGACGUGCGCGGGCCACGACGAGAACGACGUGCUGCCCUUCGGCGACUUCAUCUCCGGCGAGGACGACGCCUGGCCCUACUACACGAACAAGAAGUUCUGGAAGAUGAUGCAGCCCACGUCCGAGAAGCUCCCCUACACCUACGACACGUUCUCCUACCCCUGGUGCUCCGACCUCGGCUACGACUGGUCGGCCUAG